GCUAUUAGAACCAAUGUACACAGCAAAGCCUCGAAGAUCAUCGGGGAAGGAAGAAUGGGCUAAGAUAGACAAACAAAAGGCCAUUUUUAUUUUUCUUAUGCAUGUGCUUUGUAUUUUUGCACCAUUUCAAGUCAAUUCGAGAGUGCUUCGGAUUGCUUUGGCAUUACAUUUUAUCACCGGUUUCUUCGGCAUAACUCUCUCGUAUCAUAGAAAUCUUUCCCACCGGAGUUUCAAGCUUCCGAAAUGGCUCGAGUAUUUGUUUGCUUUAUGUGGAGCUCACACACUCCUGGGUGAUCCGAUCAAUUGGGUAAGUAUGCACAGGUAUCACCACCAGGUAGCCGACACCGAAAAAGAUCCCCAACGCACUCCUCGAAGGUUCUUGUGGCUUUCUAAUUACUUUGCUUCAACUAAAAGAGUUGGUCCAAGGUACUUAUUUAUUCUUGAAGGGAUAGAAAAGAACAUAUUUUUAAUGAUUAGGGAGUUUGUGAAACGAGAUAAUGUUGGCGACUUGGAGAAUCAAAGCUUCUACAAGUUUAUUCACAAAACAUAUCUUCUUCAUCCAAUUGGUCUUGCAAUCUUGUUGUAUGUUGUUGGAGGAAUGCCUUUUCUUGUAUGGGGAAUGGGUGUGCGAACCGUACUAGUGUUACAUCUAUCAUUAAUGGUAAACACAAUAUGCCAUAGAUUCGGAAAACGACAAUGGAAGACAAAUGAUUCGUCCAGAAACAACGGGUUGAUGAGUUUGAUUAGCUUUGGAGAAGGUUGGCAUAAUAACCACCAUGCCUUUCCUUACUCAGCUAGGCAUGGAUUUGAAUGGUGGCAGGUCGACACUAGUUGGUACGCUAUUAGGUUUCUUCAAGCCAUUGGUGUUGCCACUGAUGUCAAAUUGCCUCCCCCGCAAAGCCGCAGAACCAAAAGCUUGAUCAUGGACAACCAGGUGCUGCAGCACUAAAUAAGCUUCUAUGUAUCUAUCUUGAAACAUACGGAAUAAAAUUAUGAUUGUAUAUGAAC